AUGGCAACCACCGCGGAGGAGGUUAUUGCCAACACAGACAUGGUUGAGAUAGAGCCCAAAACUGGUGUUGCCUUAAAGCCACAGACACCUCAAGAUGAGAAAGCCAAUAGUACUACUAUGCCUAAGAUUGCCAAUAGUGAGACACAGAAUGAGGCAGUUCAAAAAGACUGGCCAAAGGAUGAGACAAAGAAAGAGGAGGUGCCUGUUGAGACUGAACCCAAGACCGGAGUCACUUUUUCGGUUAAGCUGGAUGAUGGGAAGCAGUUGAAUACUGUUGGUUCGAGGAAAAAGAGCAUGCUUGGCAUGGGCAUCAAAAUCUAUGGCUUUGGGAUAUAUGCAGAUAAUGAGAAACUGAGAGAUCUUCUGAGGUCAAAAAUUGGAAAAGCAUGGGCAAAACCUACCAAGGAAAUGUAUCAACUGGUAAUUGACAGUGAUGUGGGAAUGUUGGUGAGAUUGGUAAUUGUGUUUUCUGGCCUUACUAUGAGCAUGGUAAGAAAGAACUUCGAUGAAGGUCUUGGAGCAUCUAUCAAAAAGCUCACUGGUAGAAAAAACGACGAGCUCACAAAGAAGAUUAUGGGUGAAGCAUCAGAUGACAUAAAGCUGACAUCCGGUUCUGUAAUUGAGAUUUCUCGGCUUCCAGGAUACAUUCUUCAAACAAAAGUGAUGGGUGAGGAGGUGAGCAAGGUUGAAAGUGUAUCUGGGAGAUGACCCUUUUGAUAAGGAAGCAAAAGAGAAAUUUGGACUGUCCUUGCUUUCUCUCUUCUAAACAUUGAACUUUUGGCAGUUUCUAGGUUGUAAGGAAUAAGGCCCAAAUCGUCUUCUUUUUUUUCUCUCUUUUUUUUCCAUUUUUUUUUUUAAUAAUAAAAUUAAGGCCCAAACCUACUUUGUAGUGGCUGAACAUUUUCUCAAUAAAAGGAUGAUAAUGAGAAAGUGAUUGGUUUCCUUUACUAAUCAAAUUAUAAUCCUAAGGUCCUGAGGUUGAUUCUUGUUUUCCUGUUGUGAAAACCUACACAGGUUGAGAACAAAAGCAGUGCAAAUAG